UUUAAGGUGGACAUUGAGAUGGAUGGGAAGAUGCUGAACUCUCAUGGUGUUGACUUCCUGGAUGGACCAUUGGGUUUGGAUAUAGAUGAGAAAGACCUGGAUGAAGACGAGACCCGCAGAGACAUGGCCAAGAUCCUGAAAGAGCUCAAACAGAAACACCCUGACAAGGAGGUGGAACAACUCAUUGAGCUUGCCAACUACCAAGUCCUGAGCCAGCAGCAGAAGAGCCGCGCUUUCUACCGAUGCCAGGCCACCCGGCUGAUGACAGGCGCUGGAAACAUCCUGAAGAAACACGCCGCUGAUCAGGCCCGAAAAGCCGUCAGUAUGCACGAGGUUCGCUCUGAUAUCGGUGAUAACGACCCCAUCUCCAAGCUCUUCUUCGACCCCAGUUCUUACCAGUGCCUUGAGAACUGUGGCACAGUGGCGGUGACCGUGGUGCGACGCGGUGGCGAUUUGGGCAAAACGAUUUCUGUGGACUACCGUACAGAAGACGGCACGGCCAACGCCGGCUCGGACUACGAGUUCACCGAGGGCAUGGUGGUCUUCAAGGCUGGCGAGACGAUGAAGGAGAUCCGUGUGGGGAUCAUCGACGACGACAUCUUUGAAGAGGAUGAGAACUUCCUGAUCCACCUAACCAAUGUCAGGAUGUUGACAUCAGAGGGCGAGGAGCCAGAGGAAGGCGAGUCGGCGAAUCACGUGGAAACAAUGGCGUGUCUCGGCCUUCCCGCAACGGCGACCGUUACCAUCUUUGACGACGACCACGCAGGUAUCUUUACGUUUGAGGAGCCGGUAUUCCACGUGAGCGAGAGCGUUGGCACCAUGGAGGUCAAGGUGCUGAGAACGUCAGGAGCCCGCGGCGUGGUAACGCUGCCGUACAAGACGGUGGAGGGAACAGCACGAGGUGGCGGAGAAGACUUCGAAGACAUUCACGGUGUCCUGGAGUUCCAGAACGACGAGAUCUUGUGA